AUGCAAAUACGUCAUUUAUGUUUGUAUUUUGUCCUAGUGCUUGCAGUUUAUAUUGUGCUAUCGAUAUUACCUCGAAGUGAUCGUCUCUUAGAUGCUCUGUUUACGAAAAUAUCGUGUAAUGAUCGACAUGGAAGUGUUUUAGAACAAAUUAUGAAAGAUGUUCGAGAACGUUUACUCAUCAUAGAAGAUUUAAUACUACACCAAGUUGCCAACGAUGAUCAAGGUAUGAAUAUAUUGUAG